GUUCCCUCAGAUAUUCAGGCGCGGGGUCCAGCUGCCAUUGAAGCCUACAACAAAGCUCUUGUGGAUGGAAAAGCAUACGUAAAUAGGGUGCCAAUCAUGAUUAUCGGGCAGAAUCGGACAGGGAAGACAAGUCUGAAGAAGUCUCUAAAGGGAGAAAAGUUCAAUCCGAAGGAACUCAGCACGGAAGGAAUAGAGACUGACCCUUCAUACUUUAAGGUUUCGACGGAGAUUUGGAGAACAGGCGAGCCGGGCAGGGAAUCUGAUUCCGGAUCAGAGGUUUUGUACGAACACCGCAUUGCACAGUCGAUGUUUAGGAAAUUAACAAAUGUUAAACGAUUUUUUAAGAAACCAAGCAAAAGUAAAACUGAGUCAAAAAGUUACAGUCAUCCGUUUGAAGAAGAGGUACCAGACACAAUAGCAACCUUGGUUGAAAAAUUUCUGAAAAAUAAUGAAAUGGGUGAAGAAGAAAAUGUAUUUUCCAUUAUUUGGGAUUUUGGUGGAGAGUCGGUUUACUACGCCACCCAUCCAAUCUUCCUGAUAGAGCGAGCCAUCUACAUUUUAACUUGUGACCUAAGUCGUCAUCCUUAUGAUAAAGCUGACACUCUCGUCAAAAAAGGACUGUAUAUGAGCGAAGAAGACAUUUGCUGCAACAAGACAAAUGUAGACUAUCUCGACUUUUGGCUCUCAUCAGUUUAUUCUUUGGUCAAUCCACAUGCUAUUGGUCAGGACACUUCUGUGUCCCACCCCUCACCUGCGAGUUUGCCCGCAGUGUUUGUCGUCUGUACUCAUGCCGAUGAACCUUACUGUUGCACUACUGAUCCCAGAGAGUUGGCGCUCAGAAUCUUUGGAUUUCUCCGAACCAAGCCUUAUAAAAAACAUUUGUUUAAGGAUGUCUUUGCUGUCGACAACACGAAGUCAGGAAGCAAAAAUGAGUGCCCCGAGGUAGCGCGCCUAAGAAAAGAAUUACUCUCCGUUGCCCAUAGUCUUCCAUAUUUGAAAGAGGCCGUUCCAUUGAAGUGGUUAAGAUUUGAACAUAUUCUCCGGUUUUUGCGUGAAGAGUAUGACAAAUGGAUUCCAAUUAAUGAAGCAAGGCAGAUUGCCGCUGAUAAGUGCGGGAUCGACGACGAUGAACAAUUUCGUACUAUGCUUCAGUUUUUGCAUGAUCAAAAGUUUCUAAUUCAUUUUAACAAAACACCAGAAUUGAACAACAUGGUGAUUUUGGACCCCCAAUGGCUCAUUGAUAUUUUCAAGAAAGUAAUCACCGUUAGGCGUUACGAGCCUACAGAAGACGUUGUUGAACAGUUUUGGAUCAAGCUGCAGGAGACUGGGAUCUUAGAUGAAAGGCUCCUGGAUUAUGAAUGGAAACCUUUGAUUGAUAUGUACAGUAAAGAAACCUGUGUCAGCCUUAUCGCGAUAAUGGAGAGAUUCAGCUUGCUCUGCCCCUGGCCAUCUGACGGAGAACACAAACAGUACCUUGUGCCAUCCAUGUUGAUGUCACCGCCUACAGACGACCUCAUCGAGCUUCUUUCCUCUGUGAGAAUCCCUUCUCUCUUUGUGAGGUUUGAUUCAGGUCGAGUGCCUCCGGGCCUGUUUGCGCGACUAGUACUCCAGUUUUAUCAGUGGUGCAACGACGAGUGGAAGAGCGAGAUACAACCCCAGCUGUACAGUAAUUUUGCUCUUUUCCACAUCCUUCCUCAUCAAGGGACCUCUGUCAUCAUUAUGUGCCAUUCCUUUUCCAUUGAAAUCGCCCUUCACGAUGGAAACGAUUUUCGUGGAGCAAGGACGGCAGAUUUUCUCACUGAUAGUCAUUCUGAUCUGACGACAAGUCGUGCAAUGCAUUGGCAACUGGGGCUGAUUCUUGAGUGCAUGCGCGAAGAAUUUACCUGGCUUAAGAACAUGAGGUACGAAAUGUGCAUCUGUUGUCCAGUAUGUUCGCAGAAAGGCUCUGUCAGAUGUCGAGUUCAUGAUGUGCGUGGCUGCGAGUGUCUUCACCUGUUGUCGGAAUCUGAGCUGCAAAAAUGUCAAUACUGCACCCGGCCUGGUUUGCGUGGAGAUUGCAGAAUUGACAUCAAGAUGUUUGCACCUUGGUUUGCAUUUACAAGCCCACAAGAAAACAGGACUCCAGUCAAUCAGGUUGGUUUCUGUCUUACACCAAACACUAUGUACAAUUUAUGCAAUUAACAACUGUUUUCUAUAGCGUUUUCAAUAUACACCAUUAUCUAAUAAAUACAACUUAAUGGUUACAAAAAAUAUACAUACAUAUUAUAAAACAACAACAACAACAAAAUUGAUGUUUUCCAAACUGUAUAUUUUUAAUUCUUUGAUUUUUUUUUCAAGCUGCAAGGUGCAUCUGGAUGUAACGUUGGAGAACUGAGAAGCUGUAUAACUUACCAAGGAGGUACGAUCAGUUGUACUUUUUAAACUCUGCGUGAUUUCGUAUCUAUUCUAUCUUUCUUUUAAUUCAAUUUAUCAUGGUAGUCCCUUCAAGUCUUCUGUUUUUUUUUUUAAUUUCUAGAGAAGUCUCUUGCUCUCCCCUAUGAUGUUCUUCAUUGCAUUCAGACUCAGUCGAACGAACCCAAGGAAAUUGUAGUUCGAUUUCAAGAGUGUCUGCAGUUAACUCCAGCAGAUCUGAAAAAUCCAGUGCCAAAGACGCAACGAUGGAUCCGGUGUCUGGCUAAUAAAGCUAAAUCUCAAAACAGAAUCGACGUAAUUGAGUACUUGAGGACGAUAGCACCUGCCGGUACUACAGGUACGUCUGCAACAAAAACACCAUCUAAAAAUUCGUUCUUUCUUUUAUUACCACAAGGGACGAUACUUCCAAGUAGUAAGUGAAGUUUUUCCCGCAUCUUUCAGGUAAGAAGUCGAAAGAACACUUCUGUUUUCAACAAUAGCCACCCUAUUUUCGCCACCUUUAGACCUUCAAAAAAGUUCAUGUUGGAACUUUGUAGAUGUAUACUCAGACGGACUUGCAUGUACAGUUCUGGUAGUUUGUUUUAUUCACACCAUGUUGUUUGGUAACCAGGUCCCUUAUUGAAGGAGAACCUUGAUGUGCGUUGUAUUCCCUUUAAGAUGAGAAAGGAACUAACAUUUAGUCUU